CAAAAAGCAGAAGUUCAUACAGGUCCAGUCCACUUGAAGGAACAACUUCCAAUAACCUUACGCUCAACUCCAGCAAUAUGAACAUGUCUGGCAAUUUUGAGAGGGGAAUAGAAUUUGAAGAGUUGGAUGACAACAUGGAGAGAUACCAGACACUUCAAAACACAGCGAGGAUCAGAAACUGCAGAGGAACUGUAGUGGGUUUGGUUCUGCUAUGUGUUUUUCUUCUAACUGCAGUCAUAGUGCUGUGUGUCCACAUCCAUACAAUAAGAACAAAAUACCCACCAGGUUUUGGCAAAGAUCAGUGCUCUGACAACCCUAAAUGGAUAACAUACAGUCACAGUUCCUACUAUAUUUCCUCUGAGUGGAAGAACUGGACUGACAGCAGACAAGACUGUUUGCAGAGAGGAGCAGAUCUGGUCAUCAUAAACAACAGAGAGGAACAAGAAUUUAUUACAACCAUAACUAGUGGAAACAUUGUGUGGAUUGGUCUGACUGACAAUAAUACUGAAGGGGUCUGGAAGUGGGUUGACGGCAGCACACUGACCUCUAGGAUCUGGAGUUUCUGGAGGCCCAAUGAGCCCAAUAGCAAUGUUGGAGAUGAGGACUGUGCUGUAUCUCUGUAUAACUGGGCUGAUUAUCCAUGGUGGACUAUUAUAAUGGACUCCUCACUGGCCUUCCCAAAAAGACCAUUAGACAGCUGCAACUCAUCCAGAACGCUAUGCCCGAUCGGGUCAGUGCUUUCCUGUCUUCAGGAAGGAUUGGAUCGAAAGCUGUCUCCUUCCACCCUGAAGGUUCCUGAGAGGGGCCAGGAGGCUCAAUCUACCUCUCCCUCAUCAAGUUCCCUCAUGGGACCUUACAGUGGUUCUCAUUCCACGCUUGUGGCCAAGGCUUACAGAGCUGCGGGCCAAUGGUAG